CACGUGACCCUGACUAGUUUCUCUUACAACUUCCGGGUGAGUUGGGCUGGAACGAGAGAUGGACAAAGCAAAUAUUGUCUGGCUGAUGCUAUAAACUACAGAAAAAAAUAACAAAUUUGCAGUAGUGCUUGUGAAUUAUGGCAAAGAUUGGCGAUGAUGUGAUAGAAUGGAGUGUAGAUCGGGUUGCAGAAUGGCUUGAAGAGAUGGGUAUGCAUGAUUGCAUAAGAACAUUCAAACUCAAGAAUAUAAAGGGGAAUCACUUGGUGAACUUCUCAGAAGUUGAAAUUAAAUCUCUUCACAUUUCCCAAGAAAGCAAAAGAAAACUUUUAAAGGCAAUUACACAGUAUCGCAACAAGAGGAAGGGAAUGGUAAACAGGAUGUUCCAGGAAUUCAAUGAUGGCACUCAAGUUCAGAGAAUAACAACCACUAAGAAACCAUCCAUUUGUCAAGAUGAUGACGAGCAGGUGGAGGAAGAAGAGGAGGACCCUUAUGACUAUCACGGGUGGGAAUCUGAUGAGUUUGAUGAUGAUGCUGGUGAUGAGUCUAGCUCCGAUGACGAAGUCGGGGAGUACGUCGAGCCGGAAUCAGAAGAGCCAGCUCGACAUAUCAAGGAGACGCCGGUCGUAAGAAAAGGAUUGGUCGAAGAGUUGAGAGCUGGAAUUGCGCAGAGCCUAGGACGUGAAAUUCCGUCCCCCCUGAAACAGAUGAAGCCAGCGCCUAUUGAGCAAGAGGAGCACAUCGAUGACAUUUACGACGUUCCGCCCGAAGAAGACGACAUGUACGAAGAACCAAGUGACAGUUCGGGAAACGCCAUGGUUAUCAGGCCGCCAAGCAUGGACAAAACCAUCAGAACAUCAGAGACAGAACCCGGCGAGUACAUUGAGGCGCGACAGAGGAAGGGGAGUGACGACGAGCUUUACGAGCAGCCCUUGGAGGGCGAAGAAAUAUCGUCACCUUCCCAGGGAAUGCAGAGGCCGUUUAUUGCCACAGAAGUUGUUCAGCCGCCAACAAUUUCCCGUGGCCUCCCCCCUCAGGUGCAUAGUGAUGACAUGUACGAAAUCCCGCAAUCCGACGAGCCGCAAGCCGAGCAGAACUACGAGGUCCCGGAUAUUGAGCCAGCGCCCCCACCCCGACCCCCCAAAGGAGGAGGCGGAGUACAGAACUCUAACAGCUUUACACCGCCCCGAGCGCAACCGUCUCCAAAUCAACCAGCCCAAGCACCCCGAUCGUCUCUUCCAAGUAAAGUACCUGGUUCUAGCAAGCCCUGUCCUACCGCUAACAAGCCCGUUAUACCGGCAGGGGCAACUAACCGGACAGGGAAGCCACCUAGUAUGGCCCCUAAACCAUCCCUAGGGACACGCCCUAUUCCUGGUGCUCAACCAGGAGUUAGGAAACCAACACCAUCACCUUCUCUCUCGAACAAAGAACCAGCAAAUCCACAAUCUGACAGAGGACCUAUGCCGUUCCCAUCUAAUAGGGGCGCGAUGCCAUCUCCAUCAAGUAGAGGACCAACACCCUCGCCGUCUAAUAGGGGCGCGGUGACUUCCCCAUCAAGUAGAGGACCAACACCCUCGCCGUCUAAUAGGGGCGCGGUGCCUUCCCCAUCAAGCAGAGGACCAACACCCUCGCCGUCCAACAUGGGCGCAGUGGCCACCCCAUCAAGCAGGGGGGUGGCAUCCCCACCAUCUAGUAGUCACUCGACACAGUCACCAACCGGUAAGGGUCCCGUCCGUCCUCCUUCGAGCAGAGGACCAACGCCCUCGCCGGCCAACAGAGGCCCAGCCCUUCCACCCUCAAGCAGAAAGCCGACACCCUCUCCAUCAGGCAAAACACCGGCCUCCUCUCCCGCAAAUAGAGAACCGCUUCCUUCACCCCAAAGCAAAGGGGCAUCAAGGGGCGCGCCGAUUCCGUCAGAAACGCCUCUGCCUGGCCCCCCUAAGCCUCCUCGUGCAUCGGACGAAAGCCCUCCUACUCCUCAAAGAAGGCUUCAUCGAGAAAUUCCACCCGAGCCUGUCUCUGAGCCAGCGCCACCACCACGCCCACCAAAACAAGGCGCCGCCCCUGAACCCCAUUUCUCACUCCCCUCCUCUCCUGGUACCAAAACCCUUCCCUCGACCACGCCCCAGCACCCUACCCCUCAACAUACACCACCCAUUCGUAAACAGACCCCACCCUCCAAGCCGCACCCCUCUCCCACCCCGGCCCAGGCACCGCCGCACUCGAGACCCGUUGCCGCCAAGCGACCGAUGCCCUCCACUCCUGUCCAGAACCCUUGCCCGAGUGAGGCCCCACCGAGGCUACCACCAGCCAACAAGUUACUCCCUUCAAGGAAAAUCUCCGGCGGUAAACAUGGCGUCCCACUCCCCGCACCCCCGACCAGCUCAGUUUCCGAACAGUCUUCUGCGUCUAGUAUAGAGUCUGGUUCUGCGGAUGAGCCGCUGAUACCACUGCCACAAAUCGUAGGCUCACAUGGCCAACGCAUUCUCCCUCCGCCUCCUGCCCCGGCAAAGACGCCUUUGGAUGUCAUGAAGGAGGCACCGUGGUUCCAGGGUGCCGUCGACCGCAAAAAGGCAGAGGCCAGUCUGAAGGCAUGUAAGCAAGAUGGCGCAUUUUUGGUGCGAAACAGCACGAGACAUCCUAACGAUUAUUCCAUGUCGCUGCUGUAUAAAGGCGACGUCCGGCAUCUAAAAAUUCCUGAAAAAGAUGGGAAAUACAUCCUUGGUGACAGCGGUUUAGAGAAAUUUAACACCAUCGUGGACCUAGUUAAUUAUUAUCGUCAAAACAACGUAAACCUUAAAGCUGGAGGAACAACGAGGCUAGCAGUGCCAUGUCCGGUGUACGUACAUGGGUAGUCAAAGGAUAGGUCAUAGAGCAAGGGAGGUCAUAGGUAGUCCAAGGGUAGUUUACAGAGCAAGCAUAGAAACCCGCCCAAGAAUACUAUCUAUGGGACCCUCCCCUUAGAGAGGUAGUAAGUCACGUGGCGGUUCCGAACUUGGUUGCUCAGUGACGCACUAGGUUGGUUAGUGACCCACAAGACUGCCUAGUGACGCACAAAGUUGCGCACUAGGUUGCUUAGUGACGCACUUGGUUGCUUAGUGACCCACAAGACUGCCUAGUGACGCACAAAGUUGCUUAUGACGCAGAAGGCUUCUUAGUGACGUAGAAGGCUUCUUAGUGACGCACAAGGUUUCCCAGUGACGCAGGUUGCCCAGUGACGCACCAGGUUGCUUAGUGACCCAUACGGUUGCUAAGUGACGCUCAAUGCCCCCUCAUUUGCUCGGUAGAAGCGGGAAAUGUCACGUAGGAAAUGGGGAAGGACGCACACUUAUCCAAUAUGCUGGGAUAUUACCUCUGGGCAAAUAGGGUGCUAAUACACAGAAGGAAAGAAAAGGAAUAAUAUAGCAGUGAAAUUAAGUGUGUAACAUUCAUUUGUAAUGUUAAAUAUAAUUACAUAAUCAACACAGAUAACCUCAGCCAAAAUUUGAAGGUUAUAAAUUUUAUAGUUUGUAUCGAAUUAUUUUAAUAAUAAAAUAUAUAUCUUCUGUA